AUGGUCCUCAUCCCAGGCGUCCUGCCGCCAUCGCGCAGCACAUGGCAAGCCGCGUGCACACUGUUCCAGUACUUCCCCGUGGUGACAUCUCUCCAGUGGGUACUGGACUGGUAUCCAAUGGGCAAAACGUCGAAUAAGUCGCGCCUCAACAUCCCCGGCAAAUGGGGCUGGGCCAUCACCGAGUCUACGGGCUUCGCUACCCUCUUGUACAUCAUGUACACGCUACCUGAGCAACAAGGCAUCAAGACGCUGCCGUGGGGCAAUUGGACAAUGGCGGGCUGUUUCACAAUUCACUACGUCUACCGCGCCGUCCUCUCUCCGCUUGUCCUCAACCCAAGCAUGUCCCCUAUGCACCCCAUCCUCUGCCUCGGCAUGGCCGCCUUCCAAAUCUUCAAUGCCAUCUCCAUCGGCGGCUGGCUGGCCGGCUACGGGCCUGUCACUCAAACCGACUGGCAAGGUCGCUACUGGUCCAUGGAAAUUGGGCUUAUCAUCUGGGCGUGGGGUCUCCUCGGCAAUGCCUUCCACGACGACGACCUCCGUGAGAUUCGCCGUUCCGCAGACCGCAAGCAGCGCAAGGAAGCUGAGAUGACUGGCAAGCCCGUCGAAGGCGUGGAGAAGGUGUAUAUGAUUCCGAAGAAUGGUCUGUUUGGCUAUGUGCUGUAUGCGCAUUACUUUUGUGAGUGGGUUGAGUGGGCGGGAUUCUGGGCGGUGGGCGGUUGGAGGUGUCACCCCGCGAGGACCUUCUUGGUUAAUGAGAUUGCGACCAUGCUGCCGAGGGCAUUGCAGGGGAAGAGGUGGUACGAGGAGAAGUUUGGAAAGGAUAAAGUGGGAAAUAGGAAGGCGGUUAUACCUGGGUUAAUAUGA